UUAGAUCCUCUGCACGAUGAAAAUACGCUGGAUUUGGUUUACCACGAUAUGGAGUGGCCUGUGGCUUGCUAUUAUCCCUUUCAAUUCUGCAUUACCAUGUCCGUGCUUUCGACCCUUGACAAGAUCGCCCCGCCUACGAGAAGACUUCUAGAAAUUCGCGACAAAGAAGCCCAUAAUAUCAAAUCAGCAGGCUGGGUUAUUUCCUUACUGCACGAGCUCACAGAACUAGCGACUUCUUAUGAGCCAGGCCAGCGUCAUUUCCCCGUGGUGUCAGCGAGUCUACUGCUGAAAGUAGUCGCAGCGGUUGCUGUAGAAUUCGCAACACUAUCCGCAUUCCCUCCAAGCCCACCCUCACCUCGGGAUUUCUCGCUUCUGGAUCACGCUGCUAUACCACUCUCAGCUUUCAUGGAUAUACCCUCGCCAUUUACUCCCGGGAAUGUACCAGAUCUCAUUUCCAGUCAUUUACCAAUGAUGGCCACCAAGAGGUUCAUUGAAGAUGGGAAAUGGGCAGGAUUUGUCUAUACCAUACCUUUAGACCCUCAGGGCGCGCAAAGGGCCCCGGCUAUGUAUCAUCUAUUCAAGAUACAAUUUGACGUGUCAGGAAAUGAUGAUGGUUCUUUACAACUAGUAUCUUCCCACACUCAAGAUGAUAUCGACGAAUUCUGGUUAGAUGGAAGAAUCUAUCCCGGCACAGGCUUCUUUGGUCUUACUAAACAAUAUGUAACCACUUCUAGAAGAGGAGGGUUUUGUGGGCGAAUGACACCCUUCGGCAUGGCUGGAGUAGCCUUUGGAAACCCUAAUGAACUGUCCUUCUUCUGGAUGUAUAAAGUCUCGUGGAUGGCCUGAAGGGAGGAAAGGUCGACAGCAAUCUUCAAUUUGCAUAUUUCAUUGCAAGUUUCCAUCAGCAAGAUGCUUCAUUCUUCACACGUUGGAGAACUUUGAGGGCUCUAUACCACGUUCGAAUUAGACAAUCCGGCCUAACUUGG